AUGGCUGAAGCAAUGCUUACUCCUCACAAUCACAAUUUCAACUCCGCCAUUAAAACACCUCACUUGCCCCAAAACUUCUCUUCUAAAAAACCCAAAGAUCAACAAUACACAUGACAACCACAAAUGGCUACUUCGUAGCACCCGUUUCUUUCUUCUUCAUCGUUGUUUCUUCCUUGCUAUUUGUUACAGCUUUUGGCUAUGGAUCACCUGGCCCAAUCGCGGCUGCUUUCGGAGAAAAUGGGUUUUUUUGCGCCAUUGAAGCCGGCGGGGAACAAGAGAUCAUUUGUUGGGAUAAAACCAAUAAAACAUCUUCAGUUUCCUCUUUUGACUUCGUUCCUUCCAUGGCGUCUCUCUCCGGCGGUGAAGGGUUUCUCUGCGGCAUUACUGCGAACAACUCGCAAGCGUUUUGUUGGGAUUCCUUGGAUUUUGGUACAAACCUUGUUCCUAAAGCUUUUAGAUAUAAUUCUUACUCACAGAUAGCUGCUGGGAGAACUCACGUUUGUGCUAUCAGAGGGUUUUAUUUUUCAAGAACUGGCGAUUCCGGUUUUGUGGAUUGCUGGGAAUUUCAUCAAACGCUUGGUAAAAGUAAUUUGACUAUGAGUUUUGUUGGUGAUCAUUAUGCCAAUAAUGUUUCUGUUAAUAACAUUGUUUCUGGGGAUGGUUUUAGUUGUGGGGUUGCUAAGGAAAGUGGUUUGAUCUUUUGUUGGGGUCCAAAAUCCAGCAACUUGGGAAUUUCUAAUGCGUCUAGUGAGUUUGAGGUUUUAGCUUCUGGGAAAAGUUCAAUUUGUGGGGUUUCUAAGAUGUCUGGUGAAGUUGAAUGUUGGGGUGAUUCGAGUGAGUUUGAUCUCCCACCACGUAGGACUCGGUUCACUAGUUUAUCGGCUGGCAGACAACAUUUUUGUGGCAUUCGUGAAGAUGAUCAUGGAGUGGAAUGCUGGGGAAGAAGCAUUAAUGUUUCUUCAGUUCCAAAGGCUUCUGGUUUUUUGGCUAUUGCUUCAUCGGACUCCACAAUUUGCGGGGUUCGAGAAGUUGACUUGGUUCUUGAUUGCUGGGGGACAAACAAGCAGUCUUCACUCGAUUAUAGUCCACCUUUGCAGCUAUGUAGCCCUGGUGUGUGCUCUCCAAGAUCAUGUGCCAAUGGAAAUUUUACUUUCAAUGCAAGUAUCCUUAAUGAGCCGGAGUUGACAUCCUUAUGUGCUCGGAAUGAGUUGAAGAUAUGCUUGCCUUGUGGGGCAAAUUGUUCCAAGGGCUAUUUCCCUUCGAGUACAUGCAGUGCCAAUGCAGAUCGAAUAUGCACUCCUUGCUCACUUUGCCAGAACAGCUCUUGCUGGGAUGUAUGUGGACUUUCGUCUGAGUCUCAGCAACAAAAGCAGCUAGAGAUUAAAAAGUUGGUGGUCAUCAUUGGUUCUUCUGUAUUGGGCUGCUUAUUAAUUCUAGUUUCUUGCUGUAUUUUUACUCGAAUCUUCAAAGUGAAAAGUGAGGGCAAACGUAGAAUUCAGUGUUGCUUUUGCAUAGGCAAACCAGUUGCAGAGGCUGAUCCCAAUCCGAAUCCACUUCCGCCUUUAUCCUUAAAGACGUAUGUUGGGGAGACGCAAGUUUAUAGGCUUUCAGAACUGAAAGAUGCUACUCAUGGAUUUAAAGAAUUCAGUGAGCUCGGAAGAGGGGGCUUUGGUUUUGUGUAUAAAGCUGUUCUUCCUGAUGGUCGGCAAGUCGCAAUCAAGCGAGCUAAUGCUGCUACAAUAAUUCACACCAAUAGCCGGGAUUUUGAGGCAGAGUUAGAAAUACUAUGCAAUGUAAAGCAUACCAACAUUGUGAACUUAAUAGGCUACUGUGCAGAAAUGGGGGAAAGAUUACUUGUAUAUGAAUAUAUGCCUCAUGGCGCACUUCAUGACCAUCUUCAUGGGGACCUCUCGCCAUUAGGUUGGGACCUGCGAUUGAAGAUCGCAUUCCAGGCUGCAAGAGGACUUGAGUUUCUUCAUAAUGAAGUCACACCCCCUAUCACUCAUCAAGAUCUCAAGACUUCAAAUAUACUUUUGGACUCCGAAUGGGGUGCAAGGAUAGCCUAUUUUCGGGUCGUAAGUGCUAAUACAAGCACGGAUGUGAGUGGGGAUAUGGAGGAUGAUGUUUAUAACUUCGGAAUCAUUCUAUUGGAGAUAUUAAGUGGAAGGAAGGCUUAUGAUAUAGACUGCACGCCUCCAGAAGUUGUUGAGUGGACCCUGCCUCUAAUAAGGAAAGGAAAGGCAGCAGCCAUUAUCGACCGGAACAUUGCACUACCGAGAAAUGUGGAACCGUUGCUUAAACUCGCGGAUUUGGCCGAGCUUUCGUUGAGGGAAAAUCCCAGUGAAAGACCAAGCAUGAGCAACCUGGUAACUUCAUUAGAUCAGAUUGUCAAGUGUGAAUUAAUCUUGUCAUGAAAAUUCAUAUGAAUGAUUCAAACAUUUUUUUCCUUUUGU